AUGCAGAGCAACAGCAGCUCUUCAGCACCCAUGGGUGCUCUGAGCGUGUGCGGAGGGGAGGAGGACGAGCGGGAACUCUCCAAACUGCUCCACCCCGGCGGGGCGGCGUCCAACCUGGCCGCCUUGAACCUGUCCCUCAACUGCUGGCUGCACAUCCUGUCCAAGGAGUCCUCUGUGGACCUGCAUGGAGACAAUGCCAACAUGGCGGUACGAGUCCUCAUGGCCUUGGUCUACCUGGUGAUGUGUGUCCUCGGUCUGGUGGGCAACCUCCUGGCGCUCUCCCUGCUCCGCCUCCGCAGCCAGCGCCACUCCUCCGUGGACUGCUUGGUGAUGAGCCUGGCGCUCACCGACCUCCAGUUCGUCCUCACCCUGCCCUUCUGGGCGGUGGACACGGCGCUGGACUUCCGCUGGCCCUUCGGCAGGACCAUGUGCAAGAUGGUGAGCUCGGUCAGCACCAUGAACAUGUACGCCAGCGUCUUCUUCCUCACCGCCAUGAGCGUCACCCGCUACCACUCGCUGGUCACCUCCCUGAAGGCGACCAGUCCCAGGACGGCGGCCGCUCGGGCCAGGUGGGCCAGCGUGGCCAUUUGGGUGGUGUCACUGGUGGCCACACUGCCCCACUCCAUCUACUCCACCACAGUGCAGGUGUCUGCCGAUGACGAGCUCUGCCUCGUCAGGUUCUCCGAAUCCGAUUCCGGUCGCUGGGAUCCCCAAGUUCUCCUCGGACUCUACCAAACGCAAAAAGUGCUCCUGGGAUUUGUGGUUCCUUUGAUCAUCAUCAGCGUGUGCUACCUCCUCCUCCUGAGGUUCAUCCUGAGCCGGCGGGUGGUGGGCAGCACGAUGGGCGGGGCUGCCGCACAGAGGUCCGAAGGCGAGCGAGGACGCCAUCGCCGCCGCUCCAAAGUCACCCGCUCCGUCACCAUCGUGGUUUUGUCCUUCUUCCUGUGCUGGCUGCCCAACCAGGCCCUGACCUUGUGGGGGGUUCUGAUCAAGUUUGACCUGGUGCCCUUCAGCAAAGCUUUCUACAACGCCCAGGCCUACGCCUUCCCCCUGACCGUGUGCCUGGCCCAGGCCAACAGCUGCCUCAACCCGGUCCUCUACUGCCUCAUCCGCCAGGAGUACCGCACCGGACUCAAGGCGCUCCUUAUGCGGGUUUCUCGCUCCGCCCAGAACCUUUUCGCACACGCCCAGAGGGGGCGGAGAGUGGAGGUAGCCCCGCCCACUUUGGGGACGACACACAAAGACGACGUGUGACUUCAGCCAUAUUGGUUUUUACUUGGGUCUUCAAGGUGGACCUACUAGAUCUGGAUGGUACUUCAAGUACAGUGGAACCUCCAACA